AAACUGAUAUUAAUUUCAUCAAAUGUUUUUUCCAACACUCCCAGCGCAUCACGCCCUACGAAGUCGCGGGAAGCGACGUCCUCUGCAACGGCGAUGCUGUGAAAUCGGCGGCCGGCCGUGACGCCUCACCGCUUCUUCACAGCGCCCUCCUGGAGGACGCCUUCUCCAAGGUCAUCAGGGAGGAUUCGAGCAAGGUCGAUAGCGACGCCGCCGCCGCCGCCGCCAGGGAGGAAGGUAACGUACCGCAGAAGAAGGACAUCAGCUACAGGCUGGGUCAACGCAGAGCGCUUUUUGGCAAACGUAAACAGCUGAGCGACUACGCCUUAGUGUGCGGGAUGUUCGGCAUCGUCGUCAUGGUGAUCGAGACGGAGAUGUCCAGAGGAUUUUACAGCAAGGACUCCAUGUAUUCUUAUGUGCUCAAAGGCCUCAUUAGUGUUUCUACUGCUGUUCUACUGGCUCUCAUUGGGAUGUACCAUGCCAGGGAAAUACAGCUGUUCAUGGUGGACAACGGUGCGGAUGACUGGAGGAUCGCCGUGACCUUUGAGCGAGUCCUCUUUGUCGCGUUGGAGCUCCUGGUGUGCGCCAUCCAUCCCAUCCCGGGCCAGUACGUGUUCAGCUGGACCGCUCGGCUGGCCUUCAGCUACACCACAUCGGUAGCGGACGCCGACGUGGACAUCAUCCUGUCGGUGCCCAUGUUCCUACGCCUCUACCUGAUUGGCCGGGUCAUGCUGCUCCACAGCAAGCUCUUCACCGACGCUUCGUCUCGUAGCAUCGGAGCGCUCAACAAGAUUAGUUUCGACACCCGUUUUGUCAUGAAGACCCUGAUGACCAUCUGCCCCGGCACGGUGCUGCUGGUCUUCAGUGUGUCCUGUUGGAUCAUCGCGGCGUGGACCGUGCGCAUAUGCGAGAGGUAUCGGCGCCACACGCAUCGGAAUGGAUUCAUUUCCGGGAAUUGGUAUCACGACGCACAGGAGGUGAGCAGCACCUUUCUAGGAGCCAUGUGGCUGAUCUCCAUCACCUUCCUGUCCAUCGGCUACGGCGACAUGGUGCCUCACACGUAUUGUGGAAAGGGGGUUUGCCUGCUGACAGGAAUCAUGGGAGCAGGCUGUACCGCGUUGGUGGUCGCUGUGGUUGCAAGGAAGUCCGAACUCACCAGAGCUGAGAAGCACGUCCAUAACUUCAUGAUGGAUACUCAGCUCUAUAAAAAGAUAAAAAACACAGCAGCCAAUGUGUUGAGGGAAACAUGGCUGAUCUACAAGUACACCAAACUGGUGAAGAAAGUGGAUCGUGCCAGAGUGCGCCACCAUCAGCGUAAAUUCCUGCAAGCCAUCCACCAACUGCGGAAAGUUAAAAUGGAUCAAAGGAAGCUAACUGACCAGGCCAACACCAUCGCUGAUCUUGCAAAGACUCAGAACAUGAUGUACGAUCUGGUCUCGGAUCUGCAGCAUCGGAGCGAGGAUCUGGACAGGAGGAUUGUGGCCCUGGAGGACAAACUGGACUUCAUGCUUGUCAACAUGCGCUCCCUGCCCGAUGUGCUCUCUCAAGCAAUAACCAAGAUACAAAAAGACUUCCUGGACGACUUGGCCUGUCGUGUCCACUUCCUGUCGUCCUCCCUGAGCUCGGAGUGCUGCUCCGUUCCCCCGAGGCAGCUCUGUCCUGCUGGCCCCACCCCAUCACAGACGCCAUAUGGCUGAUCUCUUUGACAUGUAAUAUACCCUGUAAUAUAUGAAAGCCAAUAAUAAAAAAUACACUAUUAUAAAUAUUAAUAAACUUGAGAUUUUUUUAAAUACUCAAAUACAUUAUAUUCAAUAUUGACUUUGUUGUCGUGAUUGUCAUUAGCUAUUUGCAAAAGUUAUUUGAUUGCUGUAGUUUUAUUC